CAUUAAAUCCAAAUAUCUCUUCGUAAAUUACAUACAUAAUUCUCGGAAAUCACCACCCAAAUUGAUUUUUAAUUGCAGAAACUUAACAAAUUUCAAUUCAUUCUAUUAUUCAUAUUCAUAUCCUUUCCAAAUUCAAUUUUGAAAAAUAUAUACAGCUACAAUCUCCUUCAUAUGUCGACUUUUAUUGAGAGAUUGAAGAUUUACAGCAUCACCACGUUCAUCAUCAUAGUUCAUUAUCGACAAUAUCUUCAUCAGCGUAAUGGAAAACACCAACGUUACCAUGAUCAGUGACUUGACACUUGCACAAGAUGACUACACGAUCAAGGUUCGAAUCAUUCGUCUGUGGAAACAGAUUCGUAUGAUUGGAAUGAUAUUGAUGGACGAAAGGGGCGCCAAAAUUGAAUGUAAUGUGGAUAAACCAUUUUCAUACCUACAAGGAAAUAAUUUGGAAGAAUACGGUGAUUACUACAUUCAAAAACCCACAAUAGGGUUAAAUAAUGGUGUUAUAAAGUUUGUUGAUGGUCCACAUAAACUCUAUUUCCAGUAUAGCACUAAGGUUAUUAAAUGCAAAGACUUUUGUGGCCCCCGGAAUUCCUUUGCUUUCAUUGAUUUCAAACAACUUCAUUCUAAUUCGAUCCAAGCCAAUUUGUCAUUUGAUAUUAUAGGAAACGUUUUCCAAUGUUUUCCAUUGGAACCUCCAAAAGACAAACAGGAGCAGAAAAUCACACUAAAAAUGGAGGAUUUAGAAGGACAUGAAGUUUUUGUUACUCUAUGGGGACGUUAUGCAGAUGAAAUUGUUGCAUAUGUUUCAAAGCAUCAUGGUCAUUUUGUAAUGAUUAUUCAACUUGCUAAAUUCAAGAAUAUCCGAGAGCGUCCAUAUGUCAACAAAACCUACUUAGCUACAAAGCUUUUUAUUGAGGACAACAUUGACGAGAUAACUGCUUUCAAAAAAAGGUUUCAUGAAUUUUCCAAAUGAUUUCUCAUUUCAAUUCAAUAUUUUAUUAACUCUUAUUUAUGAUAUAUAAUAUUUAUUAAAAUUCUAAAAAAAUAGUU